AUGGCUCAGAAAAAUCCUAAAGGUGGUGGUACAUCUACAGUUAAACAUAUCGAUAAUAUUGAAAUGUUCUUGAAACGAGCUCUUGAAAAAUUAUUAAGUGAAAAAGAUAUGAAGAAAUCACAGUAUCAACAAGUAAAACGUGCAUGUGAAACAGCUCUUGCUUCUAUAACUAAAGAUUCUCAAAAUACUAAUAUAUCAUAUAUCAAUGAAACAUAUUUUCUUCCAUUUGAAUUAGCAUGUGCAUCAAAUCAUUCUCGAAUGAUUGAUACUUCACUUGAUUGUCUUCAAAAACUUCUAUUAAAUGGUCAUGCAAUUGGUAGUAUUAAUGAUCCAAAUGAUCCAACUAAAUUUUUAAUAGAUCGAAUUGUAUCUGUCAUAUGUGCAUGUUUUCAUGGUAUACAAACUGAAGAAAAAGUUGAAUUACAAAUAAUAAAAAUUUGUUUAACUAUAAUGACAUCACAAACAAUUGAAAUUCAUCAACGUAGUGUAUUACAAAUAGUUAAAACAUGUUUUAAUAUUUAUUUAACAAGUCGUUCAAAAAUAAAUGAAGCAACAGCACAAGGUUCACUUUCACAAAUACUUAAUGGAAUUUUUUCUAAAAUGGAACAAAAAAUGAGUUUAGUUAAUGAACGUAAACAAAAAGAAAAUAUAAAUGUUAUAAUAAAUGAUUAUGAUGAAGAACAAAUAAUUAUUAAAGAUAUUCUUGAAGAACUUGUUGAAAAAAUUGUUUAUGAUGAAGCAACACAAAAACAUACAAAUAGUUCAUUAUCAACUAAUGAUAUUAUUGAAGAUACUCAAUCAACACAAGAAGAAAUUAAUGGUAGAAUAUUAAAAAAUGAUGGAGACUCUCAAUCAAUUGAUGAAAUAUCAUCAAUAGGAAGAACUAUGUCAAAUUCUUUAUCAGCUGAUGAAUUAUCUGCUGAUAAUCAUUUUAAAAAUGCGUAUUAUGUUUUUCGUGCUUUAUGUAAAUUAUCUGAUCGAGAUAUUAAAGAUAAAGGAAAUACAGAUCCUAAAACUAAUUUGGAUCUUAAAUCUCGAAUAUUUUCUUUACGUUUAAUAAUGCAAAUACUUCAAACAUCAGGUCCAAUAUUUCGUUCAUCAGAAGAUUUUCUUCAAAUUAUUAAAACAAAUUUAUGUGUAUCAUUAUCACGUAAUGGUGUUUCAUCUAUACCAGAAUUAUUUGAAAUGGCUUUAUUUAAUUUUGUUGAAUUACUUGAUAAAUUUAAAGCACAUUUAAAAAUACAAAUUGAAGUUUUAUUUCGUGAAAUAUUUUUAACCAUACUUGAAACAUCGACAAGUUCAUUUCGUCAUAAAUGGCUUGUUAUUCAAACAUUAACUAAAAUUUGUGCAGAUGCUCAGAUUAUUGUUGAUUUAUUUAUUAAUUAUGAUUGUUCAAUGCGAUCAGGAAAUGUAUUCGAACGUCUUGUAAUUGUUCUUUCACGUGCAGCACAAGGUCGACAAGCAGAAGAAUUGGGCUGUAGUCAAUUGGAAGAACAUAAUCUACGAAUGAAAGGACUUGAAUGUCUUGUAUCAAUCUUAAAAUGUAUGGUUGAAUGGAGUAAAGAUUUAUAUGUUAAUCCACAUUUACAAAGCAAUUUAGGUCCAGAUAGUAAACCAUUAAAUGAAAAUGGAUAUGAUCACGAUAGUAAUCGUUCAUCAUCAGGUUAUGUUGGUAGUGGAAUGCGUCGUACAGAUUCGAGUACAUCAAUAAAUUCUUCACAAUCAUCAGAAAAUAUAAAUGAUUUUGAAUUAAUUCGUCAACGAAAAGAAUUAUUUGAAAAAGGAAUUGAAUUAUUUAAUCAAAAUAUUAAAAAAGGUUUAGAUUAUUUAAUUGAUAAAAAUCUUUUAAAUAAUGAACCAGAAGAUAUUGCACAAUUUUUUCAUUCAUAUCAAGAUUUAUUAGAUAAAACAAUUAUUGGAGAUUGUUUAGGUGAAGAUGAUAAACGUCAUAAACAAAUUAUGUAUGCAUAUAUUGAUCAACUUGAUUUUACACAAAUGGAAUUUUUAGCAGCUCUUAGAAAAUUUUUAGCUGGAUUUCGAUUACCUGGUGAAGCACAAAAAAUUGAUAGAUUAAUGGAAAAAUUUGCUGGAAGAUUUUGUGAAUGUAAUCCUAAUUUACAAAUUUUUGCCAGUGCUGAUACAGCAUAUGUUCUUGCUUAUUCAGUUAUAAUGCUUACAACUGAUUUACAUAGUGUCAAUGUCAAACAAAAAAUAACUAAACAACAAUAUAUAAAAAUGAAUCGUGGUAUAAAUGAAAGUCGUGAUUUACCCGAAGAAUUUUUAUCAAAAAUUUAUGAUGAAAUUAAAAAUGAAGAAAUUAAACUUAAAGUAACAACAACAACAACAACAAAACGUGGUACAAAAGAAAAUAUAAUAAAUGAUAAACAACGUGAAUUAUUAUUUAAUAUUCAAAUGAAAGAUGUUGAAUUAAUAGCACGUGAUUUAAUGGCUAAUGUUGGUACAGUAAGUGAAGAAUUUACAAUAGCAAAACAUUUAGAACAUGUUCGACCUAUGUUUCAAAAAGCAUGGUCACCAUGUUUAGCUGCAUUUAGUGUUAAUCUUCAAGAUAGUGAUCAUAUAGAUCUUACAAAUUUAUGUUUAAUUGGAAUAAGUUAUGCUAUUCGUAUAGCUUGUAUUUUUCAUAUGGAACUUGAACGUAAUGCAUUUAUUCAAGCAUUAUCACGUUUUACAUUACUAACAGCAACAUCACAAGUUAUGGAAAUAAAAGCAAAAAAUGUUGAAUGUCUUAAAAUAUUAAUAUCAGUUGCACAAACUGAUGGAAAUUAUCUUGGUGAAGCUUGGUAUGAUAUUUUAAAAUGUAUUAGUCAAUUAGAAUUAGCACAAUUAUUUGGUGUUAAUGCUAAUAAAGCUAGAUUGCCGGUUUCAAAUCAUCAUCAUCAUCAUCAUCAUCAAGUGAAUAUACCAACGAACAGUACAUCAACGACAUUUAGUUUACCAUUUGAUAAUCUUUUUCAUACUGAGAAAGGUCAAUUAAAUAAACGAUUACAAUCCAUACAAGGUCAAAUUCAAGAAACAAGUUCACAAAGUAUUGUUGUAUCGGUUGAUCGUAUUUUUUCUGGAUCAGCACGAUUAGAUGGUGAUGCAAUUGUGGCAUUUGUUCGUAGUCUAUGUCAUGUAUCAAUGGAUGAAUUAUAUUCAAAUCCACCUCGAAUGUUUAGUUUAUUAAAAGUUGUUGAAAUAUCCUAUUAUAAUAUGGGACGUAUUCGACUUCAAUGGUCAAGAAUAUGGGAAAUAGUUGGUGAACAUUUUAAUAAAGCUGCUUGUCAUCCAUUACAAGAUGUAUCAUUUUUUGCUGUUGAUUCAUUACGACAAUUAUCAAUGAAAUUUCUUGAAAAAGGUGAAUUUCCAAAUUUUCGUUUUCAAAAAGAAUUUCUUAAACCAUUUGAAAUAAUAAUGAAAAAAAAUUCAUCAUCAACUAUACGUGAUAUGGUUGUUCGUUGUAUAACACAUUUUGUUGAUGCACAAGCAAAAAAUAUUCGUUCAGGUUGGAAAAAUAUAUUUAGUGUUUUUCAAAUGGCUGCUAGUGAUACAGACGUACAAAUUGUUGAAUUAGCUUUUCAAACAUGUACACUUAUUGUUGGUGUUGUUUUUGAUCGAUAUUUUGCAUCAAUACUUGAUAGUUUUCAAGAUGCUGUUAAAUGUUUAUCAGAAUUUGCUUGUAAUGUUUCAUUUCCUGAUACAUCAAUGGAAGCAAUACGAUUAAUAAGACAAUGUGCAAAAUAUGUUGCCGAAAAACCACAAGUUUUUCGUGAACAUGCUGGAGAAGAUUUAAUUAAUGUAUCUGAAGAAGAUCGUAUUUGGGUCAAAGGAUGGUUUCCUAUUCUAUUUGAAUUAUCAUGUAUUAUUAGUCGAUGUAAACUUGACGUCAGAACAAGAGCAUUAACUGUGAUGUUUGAAAUAAUGAAAAAUUAUGGUGAAAGUUUUACUCAACAUUGGUGGAUUGAAUUAUUUAAUGUAGUUUUUCGUAUUUUUGAUAAUAUGAAAUUACCUGAUACACAAGUAGAAAAAAUUGAAUGGAUGACAACAACAUGUAAUCAUGCAUUAUAUGCUAUUGUUGAUGUAUUUACUCAAUAUUACGAUUUUAUACCUGAAUCUGUUGUUGAAGAUUUAUAUUCUCAAUUAAAAUGGUGUAUUAAUCAAAAUAAUGAACAAUUAGCAAAAUCAGGAACGAAUUGUCUAGAAAAUUUUGUUAUUGCUUGUGGUCAACAUUUUACUCAAAAUAUUUGGGAAAAAUUUUGUACUUGUAUAUUAGAAGUUUUUCAUUCAACUUUACCUGAAAUGCUCUUGACAUGGCGACCUGAAUCUGAUUCAUCAGCAAUGUUAACAAUUGAUGAAAAAACUAUGCUUGAUCGUACAGAUAGUUCAUUUGAUCAUACAGCUGUUGAAUCACCUUCAAGUCAACAUCAUCGUAUGACACGUGCUAAUAGUUCAAGUAGUGUAAAUAGUGGUACAUCUGAACAAUCAGAAGUAAAUCUUAAUAAUCGAUAUAGCGAACGAACAAAAACUAAUUCAGAUCUUUUACAAUUUCAAAAUUUAUCAAUUAAAUGUAUUGUACAAGUUGAACUUAUUCAAACAAUUGAUAAUAUUAUUUUUUAUCCAUCAACAAGUAAAAAAGAAGAUUUACAAUAUAUUUCUAUUGCACAUGCCUUAGCAAGUACACCAAUUGGACAAGAGAAUUUAACUUAUAUAACUUAUUCCGAUGAUUUAUAUAAUGAUCAUGGCAUGUACUCAUAUAUGAGUUUUGAUCAAUUAAUUUUACUUGUUGAUUGUUUGAUUGAAUCACAUAUGUUUGCACGUACAUUUAAUUCUAAUAAUGAACAAAGAAAUAUUUUGUGGAAAGCUGGAUAUCGAGGCAAAGCAAAACCAAAUUUAUUAACACAAGAAACAAAUAGUAUUGCAUGUGCAUUCCGUAUUCUUUUCCGUUUAUAUAGUGAUCAAAAACAUAUUAAUUCACAUGAUAUACUCAAACGACGAAUACUCAACUUAACUCGUGACUGUUUUGAAUAUUAUUCAACAUUACAGUCUGAAACUCAUCGUGAUGCAUGGACUAGUGUACUUAUGCUUAUAUUAACAAAAUUAUUAAAAUUUAAUGAAGAACAAUUUAAAUAUUAUUCAAUAGAAUUUUAUUCACUUAUAUCUGAAAUAGUUGUAUUCGAUUUAAAACCUGAAUUACGAUAUAUAUUACGAGAAUUUUUACUUCGUAUUGGUCGAUCAUUUAUUAAAAACAGUGAUUUAAUGAAAUCCAUAUCAUAA